CUCACGUUUACGCGUGGCCACAUCCACAUAACGGCGCUGUGCCCUAAAGCUUCUUGCGUAAUUUGUUUUACCCAGAAUAGACUCAAUCUCUUGAACAAGAUCAAAAAUCAUCGCCAUGGUACUGAACGGCUGAGCCAAUUUAUCCGUCAAAGAUAAAGUUAGAUUGGGCUGGCUAUGACCGUUUCUCCGGAAAUCGACCUCCAGCGAGCUUACUGCGGAGUAAUGCAUGGCCGGUUGAUAUAUCCCCACGACAUUGCCUUUUACUCUUAAUUCAGUGGCAGUUGAAAUGAUCCGCUUUAUGGACGAGACUUCUGCUGCUGGUUCCCAUCGGGGUAGAGCGCGGACGGCGUGCGAUUUAUGUCGGUAUCGAAGGAUCCGCUGCGACGGCGAAAAACCAGCAUGCGAGACAUGUAGACUUGCGGGUGUCUCGUGUGUUUUCACACCUCGAGUUGGACAGCGGAAAGAUGUCCGUAGAGAACUUGCCGAAGCCAAGGCUACAGUACAGCAGCUACAGGAAGCAUUAAGAGCAGAGCGAGCGCGCCAUCAGAGUCAGACUCCGUCUUUAACUCCAAGCCCAAGUUUUGCGACAUGGCCAGCAGCACAGACAGAUAUACUCGACUCAUACGGCAUCGACGCAGCAAAAGAAGCCUUCCGGAAGCAUUUAUCAUAUUGCGAUCCAUCAUUCACUUCCAUCGUUCACCGGAUGGGACAUACUUUCAACAUUGAUGACUUUUUAGAUCAGGCAUGUUAUUCAUUCAAGUCACGAUAUCCAGUGCACCAGUCAAGAGCCGUUAUCCCGAAAUGGCCUCCGCAGGAACUAGUUCAAUGCGCGAUUGAUUAUUUUUCGAGAACGGGGCUUUAUUCCGUUUUCCCUGUUGUUCAGGCGGAGACAUUAUCCUCGGAUAUUGACCCGAAUACACCUUGGGAUAAAGUAAAGGCAGCAGAUCUAGCCUGUCCUGUUACGUUGACGGCGCUUCUUGGAAGAAUACAUAGACAUGAGCCUGAAUUCGCAGAUGCAGAGCCUGAUGCGUAUGUACAAGCCGCGUUAGGCUUGUUACCACAGUUGAUGAUGGACAGCGAGAAUCUAAGAACGUUGGAGUCUUUAGUUCUACUGGCCCUCUACAUUUUCCCCACCGGCCAACCCCAACUAGCCGAACUCCUCCUCUCCAUGUCCGUCCGCAUCCUCUACACCCUACGCGCAAACCACGACACCACAAACCAACACGUAAGAGCCCUCUUCUGGCUAAUCUACUUUAUCGACAAAGACCUCUCCCUCCGACAAUUCCAGCCCCCUUUAGUACAUGAUAGCGAUUGCACACUCUCCCUACCAGAUACUUACAUCUCCGAAUCUUCAACUCACCGGCUUCUCUCGAAACCGCUUUCGCCAAGCGAGUUGCUCUUUCCGUCUGAUCUUCGACUGUCGCUUAUUAAAUCAAAAAUUUAUAACUUGUUAUAUUCAAACAACGCUCCAACACAAGCGCAAUCCUCAGAAACACAGGCAAGAAGACUACAACAUAUCCGCGAACUAGACCAGGAACUCAAUGACUUCAAGGCUGCUUUUCCGGUUUCUUUGCCGCUGGUUAGCUUUUUGUCUGGGAUGGCACGGGAUGUGCCCGAUAUUUUGCUGCAUGAUAUGAGUCUUAGGGGGUACAAUAUUCAUCUGGAAUAUUGGUUUUGUUUGGGGAGGAUUCAUGCUAGUACUUCCAGCACUGCUAAUGCAGUGAUACAGUCGUCAUUGUUGUCUUCGAGUAUGAAUUUGUGUCAUCAGGCGGCGCGUUCGACGUUGUUGUUCAUGGUGCGGACGAGGCAUUUUAUUAUGCCUGGGAAUUUCUGGAUCCACGCACAAUCUCUUUUGACCUCCAUAAUCACUCUCUUCCAGUACAUAGUCACCGCACCCUCCGCGAGGACGGUUGAACAGGAUCUCAGCAUCCUAGAGAGUAUUGCAGAAACAUUCGAGGAGAUAGUUGAGAGUGGGAAGUGUGGUGAUGGUCGUGAUGGGCGUUUUCCGCCGUUUUAUAUCACGGAGAAGUUUGUGAGGUGGUUGGUUGGUUUCGUCAGAUCUAGGGGCAUGCACCAGCAGGUUGUAUAGACAAGAGAACGAUGGCGUUGACAUCAAAGACACUGACACUUAAUUAUGUACAUCUAUCAUGUAUAAUAAAAUUAGGUACUAGUAAUUAAACAAACAACCAUGCAAGAAGAAAAAAAAAAGGACAAUAUGUAAUAGUAAUACACCACAUAAACCCCUUCCCAAACCAACCCAUGACACUAAUAAAACGCCUCAAUAAGCAUAUACGGGAAAAUAACCACACAAGCCGUCCAAAACACCAGCACGCACUGAAUCAGCGCAAGCGGCAACUUCCACAGCGGCGCGUCGCGGAUAAUAAUCCAU